AUGAUGGCCAGCAGGGAGCUGACGCUGCAGCUGGGCGCGGCAGCCGCGGUUGCCGCGGCGGCGAUCUGGCAGUGCAGCCGCGUCGUGUCCAUCGGGGAUGCCUCCGCGCUCGCCGACGCGGUGGGCGGCGCCGUGUUCCAGGCGCACGACUUCGAGGCCGUCAGCUUCGUGUUGCCCGUCGCUUUCUCGCGCUUCACGGUGCCCGCGCGCCGCGCCGAGCCGCGGGCGCAGCGGGCCCUGCACGCCUUCGCGCUGGCCUGCGCGGCCUGCUGGAACCUGUGGCUGCGCAACGGUGGGCGCGCGUCCAGCUUUGCCCCCCUGCUGUCCGCCCAGGCCGCCUCCUACGCCUUGUCGCUGGACCUGUGGACAGGCUGGGCGUCGGCGCUGGCGGCGGGCGGCUGCGCCGCGGCUGUGCCCAGCUGCCGCCGCGCCAUCGGCUCGGCUGCCUAUUCUUGCUUGACGGGCGUGGACCCCGCUCAGUUCUUCACGUCGGCCGCAUUCGGCCUCGGCGUGAUCACGGGAGUUGUGAGCGUGUAUUUCGUGAAGGCAGGGCGGAAGGUCAGUCUGUUCUACCAGCCGGACCCGCUCCCGGCGCCACCACCCAAGUGGAACGAGCGGGUCCUCCUCGAGCCGGCCUCGGAGAUGGCGAUGCAGAAGUGCACGGGCGAGUCCCUGUACAAUGGGGGCAUGGUCUGGUGGGUGCUCACCCCGGACGGGGACGUUUACCCGGAGGAGCUGGUGGCGCCUCCGCUGGAGGGUAUCGCGUACUACGACGACGCGGAGUGGUUUGUCAAGCGAGGCGCCAAGUUUCUGAUACUGCAGGAGGUGCUGCGGCAGGACACGGGCAUGAUCAAGUUGCUCCGGGAUCGGGAGACCGAUGCGAGGGUCAUUCCUGUGAAGUGGAGGUCGGCUCAACAGCGCGGCCGCAACUUCCGCGAGGCCAUCUCGCUCCAAGAGUUCCACGACUUCGGCGACUCACCGCUGCAGGGCGACGUGAGCCUCCCGUGGUUGCUCACCGAGGUCUUCGACCUCGCGAUCGAGCUGGACCAGUUGAACACGAUGACCUUGACCUCUUUCGAGCUGCUCGGGCGACGCCUGCAGCUCAUCGAGCAGGCCCACGUGUACAACCCCAGCAACCCCGACUACAGCAACUCGGACGACUUCAUGGGCUGGGGCGUGCAGCGUGGUGCCGCUCUGGUGGCGCCUUCUAUCAAGAAGCGGGCCGCCGACGCAGCUCGUGAUCGGGCAGCAGUUCUGAAGGAGGGGCGGAAGCUCGACGAGGAGAUCCGCCUCCGGAAGCCGAAAGGUGACUUCGGCUCCGAGGGAGCCGUGCGCGCGCUCCUCGGGACAGACUCCGCGUACGGUGGCGAGUCGACCUUGGUGCAGUCCUACGACCGGAACCUUCUCAGCAUCCCCCACGUGGGGGCGGAACCCGCCCCUGUUAAGGAGAUGUUGCCGCCGAAGGUUCGCUGUUGUCUCGAGGACCUGAACAACAUUCUGCUCGAUGAUCAAGAGUGGGGCGCCGUGUGUGAGAAGGCGGAUCCCAUCAACCUCUACAUGGAUCCGAAGCUUCGCUACUCCAAGAAGGCCUAUUUUCAGUUUGUCCGAGACUGUCAUUCGGCAGGUCUUAUCCGCUGGGCGCCCUUGGUACGCGGGCGAGUCACUGUCUUCUGUGUUGCCAAGAAGACGGGCAAGCAGAGGCUCGUGGUGGACUGCCGCGCCACCAACAGGCGCUUCCGGCGGUGUCCUCAUUUACCUAUGGGUACCGGCUCGAGCUGGGGAGAGAUUCUCCUGGAGGACGACGCCGACCUCUGGGUGAGCCUGUCGGACAUCAAGGACUACUUCUACGCCUGCGGCAUCGACGAUGAUCUCUCCAGCUAUUUUUGCCUCGACGACGUCCCAGGUUGGCUCGUCUCCGAGCUGGAGGGCAACGACAGCCGCUUUAGCCAUUUCUACGGGCGUGACGCAGUUGCGCCCGCCUUUCGAGUGCUGCCCAUGGGCUUCAGCUGGAGCUUCUACCUGGCGCAGAUCGCCCACUCCUCCGUCGUCGAGGGGGUGCUUCCGGACACCGCCGGACUGGUACUACAGGAUCGUCAGCCUGGCCCGACGAUUGGGCCCCGCGGCCUCGCGUCGCUGCCGUACUGCGACAACCAUGCCACUGGGGCGGGCUCCCCGGGGCUUGCCGACGGCGCUCGGAUCGCAGUGGCUCGCCAGCUCACGGCCGACGGCUUCGCCGUCCACGAGGAGGAGGAGGACGCCUCCCUCUGGGCCGAGAGUCUCGGCUUCGCCAUCGGCGGCUUGACUGGCGAGGUGGGGCCUACGGCCAGGAGGGCCACCCGCCUUGCCGCCGCGGGCCGCUGGCUUGCGCGUCGCCCGAAGAUCACGGGCGCGAUGCUUGAGCGCUUCUUGGGGCACUGCACUUUCCAGCUCAUGGGCGAGCGCUCCCUGCUGAGCAUCUUCGGUUCGUGCUACCGCUCCGUCAGGGUGCAUUACAAGCAGAAGGUCCGCUUGUGGCAGUCCGCCGCGCGGGAGUGUGAGUGGCUGUCAUCUUUGGUCCGCUUUGCUCGUACCAACCUCCGCCGGCCGUGGAGCUCCACUGCCCACAUGUUCGACUCAUCGGAGACAGGCCUCGGGAUCGUCCAGGGCAUUUUCGACGAGAAGCUCAUAGCCAGCACUGGCCAGUACAAUGAGCGGUGGCGUUUCAAGCAGCCUCAUGCGCUCGCGAGGGGCGCGCGUGCGGGGGCUCUCUGGCACUUCCGAGAUGUGAUCGAAAAUGCUGAAACAGUACUCCCUGUCGCACCACCGCCCCCGCGUCCCUGGAAGAGAAGGCGCGGGUUCCCGGAGGUCCCCACAAAGUUGCUCGAGAAGGACUCCUGGCGCACCAUCCUGUCAAAGCCCUGGUUUCGGGACGAGCACAUCACCCUGCUGGAGGCCCGCACUGGAAGAUUGGUAUGCAAGUCUCUUGGGAGGUCUGUUGGAAACCGCAACAAGAAGCACCUCAUCCUCGGGGACUCCAUGGGCUCCAUCUUGGCCUUCCUCAAGGGGCGCAGUGGGGACCGUGCCAAGGCCCGAAGGGCGAGGCACGCAGUCCCAGCGGGGGGUGUUACCCCCGGGCCGCUCCUGCUCAAGAGAGACCCGCACCAGCUCAGUAUCCUGGAGCAGGCGUCGGUGCAGCCCCAGCAGGCGGCCACGUACAGGACGACCUACGCCGAGUUCGUCAAGUGGGCCGCGAACGAAGGCAUCCCACUACACUCGGACGAGGACGUGGACGCGGCGGCGGUCGACUACCUGGACGCGAUCUACCUGCAGGGCUACGAGGCGUCAUCGGGGGACAAGCUCCUCGGGGCCCUCAAGUUCAUGAGGAGUGGCGGCCCUCGCCCUCUUGCCCUGCCGCUGACGCGGAUGAGGAGGGCGCUGAGGGGCUUCCGCAAGUCCGCCCCCGGCGCCUCUCGCUUUGGGUUGCCUUGGGAAUGGACGGCUUCCAUAGCGGGGACCUUGCUGGCCACGAAGCGGCGGGGUGCGGCCCUCUGCUUGCUGGCGGCCCACGAUGCGUAUUCCCGACCUGGGGAAAUUACGGACCUGCAGGUUGGGGACGUAGUGCUGCCUGCGCCCCGCCUCCGGGGCUACCACCGCCUCUGCCUUGUCAUACGGCCGGAGGAGAGGGGGCAGCCGCGCAAAACGGGGAGCUUCGACGACACUGUCACAGUCGAGGACCUGGACGCGCACAUCUCGACCCACCUGGUGCAGCUGGCGAAGGGGCGGGAUCCGAGCGAGAAGCUGUUCCGCCUGUCGAUCAGCCAGUACAAGGACGCGUUCGAGGACGCCGCCGACCUCGUCGGGCUCGCCGCCGAGCAGCUCUGCACGCACCAAGCCAGGCACGGAGGUGCCUCGAGGGAUGCCAUGCUGAAGAGGCGCGACCUCUCCGAGAUCCAGAAGCGCGGGGGCUGGAAGACGUUCAACUCCGUCAGACGCUACGAAAAGUUUGGGAAGGUGCAGCAGGCGAUCAACCGCACGCCGUCGGACACCCUGGCCUACAGCCGGAUCGCCGUGCAGUACCUCGACGAGUGGUCUACCGCCACAGCCUCGUCCCCAGUCGUGGGCUCGCCGGCCGACAAUGGGGAUGCGCUCGCUCAGAUCAUGGCCAGGUUCAAUGCUGUCGAUCAGGGACUUGCUGAAUGCAAGAUGCUCAGCGAGAGGGUCCAGGCCAACGAAGCCAGGAUGGCCCAGUUCGAGGAGAGCACCAACAAAAGCUUCGCCGAGUUACACUCCAAGAUUGACGCCAUGCACACAGGCGUCCCCGCUGACAAGGCCGACAUCCUCGACAAGCUGCAGGAACAGGUGACCACGCUGAGCUCGCAGCUGAUGCAGACGCAGUUCGAGGCGCGCUACUCAGUCCUCAAGUCGAAUCUCCCAUCGGAGCUGGCGUCCAAGGUGACGCCGAAAUUCCAGAAUUUCAAGUACUCGUACGCAAUCGAUUUCGAGAACAAGGCCCAGGCUGACAGCUGCUGGGGCCACUUCAAAGGCAUUGCGAUGAGAUGGAUCGACCCGCGUACAUCGCAAACCCACGACCUUCGGCUCGGCAAGGACCAGCCAUUGCCUGUAAGGCACAAGGCCUACGCCCUGGGUCUCGCCUACAACAUCAUCCAGGCCGAGAUGAAGAGUAAGAUGUUGUGGAACGCAUCCUCCAUGAAGCUCGGCACCAACCCAUUCCAAGGCAUCCUCUACUUGAUGGAGAACGGCGACCCAUACGAGAUGGUCAAGCUGAAGGAGGUGAACGGCAACGGCGAAGGGCGCUUCGAGAUCGACGUAGACGCCAUGAGCUUCAAGCACUUCCAUCUGGAGGAAUCGUUCACGAACGGGAUCUCGGACCGUGUCCAGGCGUUGCUGACGGAGUAG